CUUUUUCUUUUCUUAUGGCUACUUUGCCUCCUUUUGCUGGACCUUCAGCGGGCCCAAGACCUGUUUUACUUCAGAUAGAAGACCAAUAUAAUAAAAGAAUUGAUGAUGAUGUAGCUAAACUUGUUGACUGCUUUACAGAUAUUGUCAAAGUGGGAGAAAACAAAGACAAAGACAAGUUUAAAGUAGCUCAAGAAGGAUAUCAAAUAGAAAGCCAAGCAGCCCAAAUAGUACGAUCGUGUGAAUCGCUAUUGUCACUUGUAGGAGAACUGAAACAAAGUUUACUGUUGAAUGACACAAAAACGCUUUCCAAGUUACGGCAAGCGCGUUCAGAGAAAUUGACAGAAAAUACAGUAGCUAUCAAAGAGCGUAUCUUGACCAUCAAAAAAGAAUUAGCAGAUACUGUGUAUGAUUUAGAGUCUGUUUAUUAUCGUUCUUUAACAGACUAACAAGAAAUAA